AUGGGAAUGGACAUCAUAGGACCCAUCGAGCCUCCAGCCUCCAAUGGACAUCGCUUCAUCUUAGUCGCCAUCGACUAUUUCACCAAAUGGGUAGAGGCGACUUCCCACAAAUCAGUGACCAAGAAAGUCGUGGCUGACUUCGUCAAGAACAAUUUGAUAUGUCGCUUCGGUGUACUUGAAUCCAUCAUCACAGAAAAUGGUGCGAAUCUGAACAGCCAUUUGAUGAAGGGCAUCUGUGAACAAUUAGAGAUCACUCACAAAAAAUCUACCGCCUAUCGGCCACAGAUGAAUGGAGCCGUAGAUGCUGCCAACAAGAACAUCAAAAGGAUCUUGAGGAAAAUGAUUGAUAAUUACAAGAAUUGGCAUGAGCAGUUGCUUUACGCUUUGUUGAGGUACAGAACAACAACUCGGACAUCCACCGAUCAAACCCCAUAUCUCCUUGUCUACGGUAAUGAAGCGGUCAUACCCGCAGAAGUGGAGAUCCCUUCACUCAGGAUCAUCCAAAAGGCAGAGCUAAAUGAUGCAGAAUGGUUCAGAAAUCGCUACGAGCAACUAACCAUGAUAGAUGAAAAGAGAAUGGUGGCGGUUUUUAACAGGACAGCAGGCACGUCAUCAACCGGCUUACUCACAGCAAAGGCAAAAAGCAAACUCAGCCAGGCGGCAAAGUACCAGGAGGUCAUAGCAGAGAAUGGACGAUAA